AGACCUCAAAAAAUGGACUCAAACGUGAAAUAUUUCAUGUAUGAAAUUUUUAUUCCAUCAAUUAUCAUACUAUGUUGUGUCGCCGCAUUUCUCAAUUUCAUGGUUGUCAUCUCCCGGUUGUACUGUAAAAUGCGAUCAGCCUCACUGGAAUUGACCUACUCGUUGGCGCUAUCUGACACGUGGACAAGCAUCGUCAUUGGAUUUUCCCUUUUUUGGAAUAGUUACAAGCCGGUCGUCCUGAAUAUUCCACAUUCCAGUUAUUGCUUUCCGUUAACUCUUGAGGCAUUCCGAACCGGAGGUCUGCUUACCGGAAUUUUCCAUCUCGUCGCACUGGCAUUCACCCAUUACAUGACCAUUAAACGACCAUUCGACCAUCAUAAAGUACUCCCGAUUCGAACAAUCUACAUUAUGAUCUUCUUUAUGUGGGCAACACCGCCAAUGGCUCUUAUGAUCUAUUUCGCCAGCAAUUCGGGACAGGGAUAUCAAAGCGAGAAAUGCAUGGGCAUCAAAUUUUACGAGAACUUCUAUUUCCGCGCACUUGUCUCUCUUAUCAUUGUCUUUCUCAUCAUUCUUACCACCAUCUUCUACAUCAAAAUGUUACAAAAAAUUACCGAGGUCCGUAGCAAAACCGCUUCCAACUCCCAAACCCUCGGAGCAUCUGCCCGUGGACGGCGUACAGUUGUGACUGCAGUUCUGAUCUUCGGAACUUUCCUGAUCGGGUGGAUGCCAGCAAGUAUCCUGUACAUCUUGACUGCAGAAAGUAUGCCCCUGUAUAAUAAGCACAGUGUCUCGAUAACUAUCAUGUCGAUCGCCGUGCUGGUCAGUAUUAUGGCGAAGACGUUGUGUAAUCCAAUUAUCUAUGCGACAAGAAUCCCUGAAAUCAAUCAAUUCGUGUUCCAAAAGCUGCUCUACCGCGUCCUACCCGGCCGGAAUCCGACUAUUCGAAGACAAAGUGAGCUUGAGCCACUGAAAACGAGAUGCUCACAACCAAAUGCACAUUCUGUGAUGCUUUAAAUGUGAUAAGCAGAUUUUUAUAUAUAUGUACAAUUUGUUGCCUUUUCUUGUCCAUUUGCUCUCCAACUCUCUAUAUUUGUGAUAAUUUAUUGUUAUUUUUGGGAGCACACUUGAAAUUCUGGUUUUUUAAUAAUAAAGAUUU